AUGCCUCCAACCGAAGAGGACAUAGCCUGGUUCCGGUCGACAUUUCAUCCUAUUCCGAAGCCUGCUCUUCCCGACGAUACCAUCGAGUACUCCCUCUACAUUCUCUCACCGUCAGAAUCAGAAAACGACUCCGAAACGCGGGUGCGCCUCCGAGACGUGCAAAAGCAAGCGACGGAUCUGCAGCGACAGUAUCUCAAAGACUACAUAUGGCAACGUCAGGGGUUCUCAUUAGAACUCAAUAAAGAAGAUGGAUUGAGCCUUCUACGCGGUCGAACCGAAUAUGGCGAUUCAGUCGAAGAUGAAUGGGUCGUGGUAUGGCUUUUGCGAGAGCUGACGCGCAAGUUCAACGACCUCUGGGUCAAAGUCACAGACAACGAUGGUGAAUUCCUCCUCAUCGAGGCGUCGGGUACACUGCCCGCAUGGCUGGAGCCGGAAGUCGCAGAGAAUCGCGUCUGGAUCAACAACGGCCAGCUCAAGAUUGUGAAGCCGGCGGCAAACGCGAGAUCGUCGCGGCGAACUGAUGAGAAGUUGACCCUGGGGCAGGCUAGAGACGUGCUGCUCCGCGAGCCGAAACGCAUCAUGCACUCGGCCAGCAUCGAGGAAGAGGCCUUCUUUCGUCUGCGCAACUACCCGGCUCAAAUAGCAGAGAACAUGCACAAUGCUGUAAUCACGGUGCCGCGGAAGAUUGCGUUCCUGCUCCACCAGAAGCCGGCGUAUGUCUCGCCGGCGGUCGAGGCAUUCUAUCUUCGUGAUCCGAUCGCGCUCAAGCCGCUGCAGAAGAAAGAGAAUCACGACAGCAUGGUAUUCCCGCCGGAGGAUGCCGUCACCGUCAGCGUGAGGUUCCCACGAGUCGCGUACGCGCAGCUCAAGUCGCAGGAUUUUGCCGCGCCCGCUGUGUUUGCCGGCUUCAUGCCGUCGAGGACCGAGUCCAAGGCCUUUGCGCAGGCGGAGACGGGCAUGAAGGUAACAUGUGGGUUUGAGAUGUUGGUCACCGACAGCCAAUAUCAAGACCGACCCGCCGUGCGCGAGAUGAAGAUGUUGCUGGAUGACCUGGAGUCAGGAGACGAAUCAUUACCCUCAGAUGACGAGAUUAAGCAGUGGGAUAAGCGCGAAGACGACGAGAAGUGGCUCGACAUAGAUUUCAACGAUCUCGAGAAAGAGCUGGACGGCCAAAAGGGAAAGAAACCCGGAUUCGGGGACAAGGCUGCCCAGGAGAACCUGCAGCGUAUCGUGAAGCAGUUUGAGGAUUUUCUUAACGACGAUAAAACAGGUCCAGAUGCUGAAGGCCUGUUUGGCGACGACAGCGACGAUGACGAUCUCAUGGACGACGACGAUGACGACGAGGAAGGAGAGGACAAAGAGGCUAGUUUUGGUGAGGACGAGUUCACCAAGAUCAUGCAGGAGAUGAUGGGAAUGCCGCCCGAGGUCAUGAAGGAGAUCAUGAGUGGAAAACUCCCAGCAGAUGCCCACGACCCCGCUGCGCGAGCGAAGCUCCGGCGGCCCGACGAGGUUCCUGGGCGGCGGGUGGAGGAGGUUGUUGAUGAUUCAGACGAAGAUGAGAGCGAAGAUAUGCAAGCCUUUAUGAAGCAGAUGGAACGUGAGCUGCGAGGGUCUGGGGCACUGGAACUCGGUUCGGCGCAGGCGAAGCAACCCGCUAUCAAAGCCCGCGGUAAGGACGUGAAGAAGCCAGGCCAGGCCGUCGAGGAUGAAUUGUCUUCGGAUGACGAUAUCGACAAUGAGAUUGAUAUCGACUUGGCCAGGAAUCUGCUAGAGAGUCUCAGAGCACAAGGUGGCACGGCCGGUCCUGGGUCCAAUUUGAUGAGUAUGAUGGGAUUCGACCGGCUUCACGACGAUGACGAUGAUGAUGACGACGAGGUUGUCGCCGGCCCAAGCAGGCGUUAA